AUGAGCUGUUGGGCGUCCGUCGUCACCUCGGCGGUGCAAGAAGGACUGACGGCGGAGCCGGUGCAGGGAUCGCCAGAGGGCGCCGGCGCCGCUGCCGCCGCCACCGACCCCAACGCCGAAUCAGCUGCUGAUGCUCACAUGGAGGAGGCCGCUGCGAUUGCCCGCGAGGGCCGUGACCGCCUUCGUGCAGCAGCAGCGCGGGGCGUGCGGCUGCUGCGCGGCUCGCCGAGCGUUGCCGAGCUGGUCGCGGAGGUCGAGGCUUGGCUCGUGGAGGGAGGCCGAGUGCAGGCCCGCCUGGAGGGCGCGCUCGAGUCGGCGGCGUCAGCCAUCGCGGCGAGCAGCGAGAGCGCAGACCGCGCGAGAGCAGAGGCGCGUGCGUGCCGGCGAGCGUUUGAGCUCCACCUCGCUCAAGGCGCGAGAGGUGCGCGGGACGUCGCGCGGCGGCAGCUCGACGCGGCGCGAGAGCUGGACGCGCUGAGGCGGUCGGCGCAUGAGGAGCGAGAGCACGCGGCAUCGCAAGCCGAGGCGGAGCUGCAGCGGCGUGACGCGGCGUUGCGAGACGUGCGGGCGUCGGCGGAGAAGGGGGAGGCGCGAGCGGCGGCGAAGCUGCGCGAGGCGCUGGAGGGGCGCGAGGCGAGCGCCGCUCUCGCCCGCGACCUCCAGGCGCAGCUGACGACGGCGAACGCGCGGCUGGCUGCGGCGCUCCUCGCGAGCUCCUCUCAGGACGCGCAGCUUGAGCGGGGCGCAUGCGACGAGGCGGCGGAGGCGGAGCGGAGGAGCGGGGCCGCACGAGAGGCGGAGUUCGACGCGGAGCGGGCCGAGCUCCUCCGGCGGUGCGGAGAGCUCGAGGAGGCGCUGGCGGAGGCCGAGCGGACGACGGGGCGAGCUCGUGCAGCCGCCACACAGGGCAGCUCGCUGCUUCACGCGGCCGAGACUUCGCGGCUGGCGGCGCAGCACGUGGCCGAGGAGCGCGAGGCUGCGCUGCGCGAGGAGGCGGAGCACAGCCGCCAGCUGCUGGUGAGGGAGCUGCAGGAGCAGCGCAUCGAGGCCGCCACCGCCGCGGAGGAGGCGGACGAGGCGCGCUCGCAGCUGGCCCAGUGCGCCGCCCGGAUCGCCGAGGCCGAGCGGGCGGCCGAUGCUCGCACCGAGCAGGCCACUUGCCUUCCACACGCCCCUUCCAGUCACAGCCCUGCGGAGGCGGGGCGUCGGGCCGACGCCGCGGCGAGCGCGGAGAGGCUUCGGCGCGAGGAGGCGGCGGCCGCCGCGAGGCUGCAGAGCGUCGUCGAGCGGCACCGCCGCGAGCGCGAGGGGUGGGAGCGGGAGGCGGAGGAGCUGCACGCGCGCGCGGCAGCCGCGGCGGCGACCGCCGACACCGCUGCGGCGCAGCUCGUCGCCCUCACGGGCGCACUGGAGCGCGAGCGAGCGCAGGCCACCACCGGCCCGGCCGCGCGGACAGCCGCUGGAGCGGUGCGCUCGGGGCCGCCACACUCGCCGCCGAGCCCGGGCGCUACCGCCGGGCGCACGCCGCGGGAGCCCGUCCUCCACAGCCUUCAUCCCGGCGCUGCAUCCGCGCCGCCGCCAGGCACUCCGGCAGACCCGCUGAUGCAAGCGACGCUGCGCGAACUCCUCGACGCCUGGUGA